AUGAUGUCUACAAAUUCACCUCGCACCGAUCCUUGCGAACGAAGUGCAUGGGAGAUCACCUGGAGCUGUGUCGCCGUCAUCGUCGCUUGCACCUGGAAAGCCGUGCAUCCCAACGUCCUCCCUGCUCACCUGAGGGGAAGCGCCAAAUGGAGACUCAUCCUACGUCGGCUGCGCAUGACCCUAUGGGCUCUGCUCGUACCAGAGUUGAUGGUUAUGUGGGCGGUCACCCAGUGGUUCGAUGCGCGAGAAAUCUCAGAGCUGCAAAGACGAGGGAACGAGCAGGAUAUCGAAUCGAGGGAUUCGGUUGGUGAGGGAGACAGCUAUGUGUUGGUGUCAGGUAGCGCAGAAAGCACAAGAGAGGCCAGUACUUCCAAGCCGAGCGCUAGCGCCCCAGAAAAGCUUUCCUGGACAAUAGUUCACUCCUUCUUUUUGACGAUGGGAGGCUUCAUCGUCAACAUUAGUGGGGUGGAACAUACACUCCGCCUUGAGGACGUUGUACCCCAACCUCCCGGCUCCAAGGAGCUUCCUCGGGUACCCUGGCCGGCUGUCGAAGGAGGCGAUAUCAGCGACAAGAGCAAGAUUGAUGGUAUCGCCAAAACUCUCGUAACGGUGCAAACUACUUGGUUUAUCAUCCAACUCUCAAUUCGCGCAAUCGAAGGGUUGGCCGUAACGGAGCUUGAGGUGAUGACACUGGCAUACGCUUUGAUGUGCGCAUUUCUCUACGGGUUCUGGUGGAACAAACCAUACGACGUCCACAAGCCCAUUCUUACUGGAACAAGCGACCAGCUGGAGGUACCAGGAGCUCGUCGGAGGUCUAUGUCCCUCACAAGUCUCCUGGAUGGAGAUUGGAUCAUGUAUCUUCACGGCGCCAUCGUGGAAGACACACGUUUAGACUACCUCUCAGAGAUGGCGCCCGAGAGAAACGGAAGGAUCGCCAUCGUCAUCUCCCUCAUCAGCGCAACACUCUUCGGCUCCAUCCACUGCAUCGCAUGGAAUUUCCAGUUCCCUACACCUGCCGAGAGAAUAAUCUGGAUUUCGUCCUCCUUGGUCAUAGUCGCCGUGCCACCACUUUGGGUGUGUGAGGCCGUCACGGUUAUUGCCUGCAAGGCCACCGAAAUCCGCCCGUCUAUCCGGAACGCCCUCGUAGUCCCCCGCUACGUUAUUUUAGCAGUGAGCGUUUAUGCAUACUUUAUCGCCCGUGUCCUCUUGAUUGUUCAAGCAUUCGUGCUUCUGCGCGAGUUGCCUCCUUCCGCUGAGCAACCCGUACGAUGGUCAUAUUUCUUCCCUCAUAUUUAG